AGUCGUGUCUGGAUGAGCUGACCCUGGAAUCCCUCAUCCCUCUUCAGCUGCUGCAGAACUACAUCCACCUGGCUGGAGGGCACCUGUCAAGAAUACCAGCCAAUCAGAUCUCCCUCUGCAUCAAGACCAAGCAGGAGGCUGUGGGUGUGGCAUGUGACAUCAUCAGGGUGGAGGUGGACAGGGGUCUGACUAAAGAACAGCUGUUGGACACCUUCAUCAACUGUGGGUUCCUGGUCCCAGUAGGUGGUGUGUCUGUGUGUAGUGGUAGCAGUAGCCUGGGCCGGUAGGUGGUGUUGGAGGGACUAGAGAAGGCCCACUCCCUGACUGAGCUGCUGGGAGACCUGUGUGAAGGCUUGGAGAACAGGGGCUCAGCCUACCUGCUCCACUGUGAGGCCUACUGGAUACUGACUCACUGACUAAAUGAAUUAACCAGUAAAUGAAUUAACGAGUGAAUUAAUUAAUGAUUGAGA